CCGAGGGGCGGAGCGGCCCCGCCGGGCGGCGGCGGCGCCGAGCCGGGACGCGGCGCCGGGCUCCGCACCCCGCGGAGCGGCGCGGAGCGGCCCAGCCCGGCCCAGCCCCGGAGCCAUGCCGCUGCCGUGCCGGGGCUGGACGCUGGCGCUGCUCACGCUGCUCGUCGGUUUCCUCAUCUUCGCCGAUAUCUCGGAGAUCGAGGAGGAGAGCGGGAGUUCUGGAGGCAGAGGUACAAUCAGAUCAGCUGUGAACAGCUUACAUAGCAAAUCUAAUAGAGCUGAAGUAGUAAUAAAUGACUCCUCGUCUCCAGCUGUUGUUGACAGAAGUAAUGAAAGCAUUAAGCACAACAUUAAACCAGCCUCAUCCAAAUGGAGACACAACCAGACACUCUCUUUGAAGAUCAGGAAACAGAUCCUGAAGUUCCUGGAUGCAGAGAAGGACAUUUCAGUGCUGAAGGGGACGCUGAAGCCAGGGGACAUCAUCCACUACGUCUUUGACAGGGACAGCACCAUGAACGUCUCGCGGAACCUGUACGAGCUGCUGCCCCGCACCUCUCCCCUCAAGGGCAAGCAGUUCCCCACCUGUGCCAUCGUGGGCAACUCAGGGGUGCUGCUCAGCAGCGGCUGCGGCCCCGAGAUCGAUGCUCACAGCUUUGUUAUAAGGUGCAACCUGGCCCCUGUCCAGGAGUACUCUCAGGACGUGGGCAUGAAGACAGACCUGGUGACGAUGAACCCCUCGGUGAUCCAGCGCGCCUUCGAGGACCUGGUGAAUGAGACCUGGAGGGAGAAGCUGCUGCAGCGCCUGCACAGCCUCAAUGGCAGCAUCCUCUGGAUCCCAGCCUUCAUGGCCAAGGGGGGCAAGGAGCGAGUGGAGUGGGUGAAUGAGCUCAUCCUGAAGCACCACAUCAACGUCAGGACCGCCUACCCCUCGCUGCGCCUGCUGCACGCUGUCCGAGGGUACUGGCUGACCAACAAGGUGCACAUCAAGCGACCCACCACCGGCCUCCUCAUGUACACCCUGGCCACCCGCUUCUGCAACCAGAUCUAUCUCUACGGCUUCUGGCCCUUUCCCCUGGACCAGAACCAGAACCCGGUCAAGUACCACUACUACGACAGCCUCAAGUACGGCUACACCUCGCAGGCCAGCCCGCACACUAUGCCCUUGGAGUUCAAAGCCUUAAAGACGCUGCACCAGCAAGGAGCCUUGAAGCUGACUGUGGGGGAGUGCGAUGGGGCCACGUAGGGUGGUCCCCGGUCACGUUCCUGCACAGCCACAGGAGGAAGGGGAGGGGGCGGAAAGGACGAGUGGUGCCUGGUGGGGUUGGUCGUCUUUGUUAACGCGCAGGACAGCGACACAAAUAUAUCUACGUGGUACCUAUAUAUAUUGACCUGAGUAUUAUAACUGUUCGGUGUUCACCAAGGGAGGGGCAGCAGAGACGCGGGAGCGUCUCGCCAGACUGGCCUGGGCAAGACCCGUUUGCCGUGGGGCUUGCUGGACUCGAAGGGUGUUUGCCUCACAUCCCAAAGGUGUGAAGGUGGUUUUUGAGGGUAUGUUAGGUGAUGGGUUAACGUGAGCCGUUUGUCGUGACUGGUCCGAGGUUGGUAGUUAGUUCGUUUGGCCAAGGGCGUCGGCAGCGAGGCGCGUCCUUGGCCCUGUGCUCGUGCUGGGGAGGGGAAGGGGCAGGGAGCGGGGUGGGCAGGGAAGGUUUGUUGGUGGCUCUCACAGCCCAGGCUCCUGUGGCACCGCAGGGACCAGUGCCCAGAUCCAUCUGAGCACAGAGUGCCAGGCUGGGCACAGCCCUCGGAGCAGGAGAAGCCUCUGGGGCUGCAGCUGGGUCUCCAGGAGGUGGCAGGGAGCAGAGCUAAGCUGAACCGAGUGACACUCACACAUGUGAGGGUCUCCACAGCAUGAGAACAUCAGCAUUGAGCCAGGGGGAUGGUGAGGAGGAUGCUGAAUGUGUAUUUAUCUUCCUUUUCUAAGGAGCAAUAUAGGGAGGGGCAGAGAUGCUGGAACGUGGCAGGAAGGAGCGUUGCUGCAACAAACCAGCACCAUUAGUAUUGAGUAUUAGUACUGAGUAGUCUCACUGUGUCACAAAGACACUCAACAUCUGUCAGGGCUUGUGAAAACCAUAAAUAUAUCCAGCUCUAAUUCCCAACUGUUACCUGCUAAGCAGAUUGCCUUCUUUCCCCCUCCAAAAACUGCCAAAAUAUGGGUGAUAAGCUUAGACCCAGCCAAGCAGAAAGACCACAGGACUUCAAGGGACUUUUUCAAGUCUAAAUAAUUUAUUUUCAGUUUCUCCCCGAAGAGCCAGCACACAGCAUUGAAUUCCUGGAGUCCCACUCUCUCAGUCCUUUCAAGCCCUAAUUAUCUCUCACUUCCAACAGUUAAAUAGGGUGUCAGAUGGAUCUUGAUGGAAUGCUUGCCUAGUGAUGAACAUCAUAGAAUAAUCCUUUCCUUUUUUUUUUUUUUUUUGCCAGACAGAACCCAAAAUAUAAAGAAUUUUUUAUAAACGCAUUUGCUUUUCUCUGAUUUUUCAGGGGUCUUGGAGGAAGCAACUAGAUUGAUCUGAUGAUUCUGUUUCAUUUUCUGCCUCUGUAGCCUAUUCUGUUUGUCUCCUAAUUAGCACUCAGUGCCAGAAUGCAGGUGAGUCCAGGGUUCAGCGAGGGCUGUUUGGGUUUAAUUUGUGGGAGAGUAAAUAACACUGCACAGGCAGACCUCAGGCAUGCUCUUCACUGCUGCCAUGGCUGGGUAUCAUCACCUUUGGGCCUCCUCCUGCUGCUGUGUUUUUUAAGUUAAAAAGUGUACAGUUUGGGGCUGAAAUACUUGACAUGGUCUCUUUAAAAGCUGAGUGCUUCAAGUGGUAAAAAGAAGAGCUCACUUUCAUGUUUUGGGCCGUAGAAGCUACUGUACCCACAGGAGCCUGCAGCCUGCUAAUUAGUGUCAGAUGAAGAUGGCUAAGAUUAAGGUAUAAGCAACAUUAUAGUGGAUAAAUGUGGGCUAAUCUGCCACUGAGGGGAUGUUUCUUUCCAGCACCAGAAAAUUAUUUCUUUCAUGUCUUUUUUUUUUUUUUCAAACCUGGUGCCUUUUUUUUUCUUUUUUGCGUAUUAUUUUUGCUUGACUUUAGUUUCACAGUAAAGCUAAACCUGGCUGUGAUCCUCAGCUUAAGCUGAGACAGAAAGAGACAGAGAAUAAAACUGCAGGAUGGAAGUAAUCUGCAAUCCCAGGGUGUCUCCCACCAUUCAGGAGUGGUUCUUAAAGGCAGAUAAUUCCCAGGUUUGUCCCCAGCACGGGGGAGGGACAGAGGAGGGCUGGAGCUGCAGGGACUGCUAAAGCCAACUGUUGUAUCGAGGGGCCUGGGCCAUGGUACUGAUUGCUGUUAGCAAACCUUCUUUUUAAAUAAAAAUAGAGGAAA